AUGGAUACUAAUCACGACUUGACAAUUCAACUAUACAGCACAUAUGGUACAGCGAAACAAGCAAACUCGAUAUCUGUCAAAGCUUUGGCUGGUCCAGAGGGAGCAGGCAACUCACGAAUCACUAUGGAUGCACUCAUUUGGGUCGCGAAGGAGGUAGAAGCCAAUAUGGGCAACGGCAGACAAAGCGUAAUCAAUAUGAGCCUCGGUGGGCCCCGGACCAAUUUACUGAACAGUUUGGUGGAUACAAUGGUAGAUCAGUUAGGAAUACACAUCAUAGUAGCUGCAGGAAACGAUAAUCUGAACGCCUGUAACUUCUCACCGGCCAGCGCCGAACGCGUAAUUACGGUUGGAGCGAGCAACGGAAACGAUCGGCGUGCGGAGUUCAGUAACUUUGGCAGCUGUGUGGAUAUCUUCGCACCCGGUCAGAAUGUUCUUAGCACCGCUCCUGACCAGGGCUUGAAUAGGGGAUCCGGCACGUCCUAUGCCGCGCCAAUGGUGGCUGGUAUGGUUGUGAAUCUGCUAUCCUCCUUUCCAGAUAUGACCCCUGCAGAGGUGCGGGCUUACUUGAUCCAAGAUGCCACCCCUGAUGCCCUCUCAAACAUUGGUGUUAAUUCGCCCAAUCUCUUGGCAUAUCAAGACUGCGAUGUGCUGCUGCAGUCGGAGCUUGCCGUUCCUAAUGCCGGUGGUUCUGAAGGCGAUGGCACGAAUAUAGCCUCAGUCGACGAUGGAAACAGCACGCUCAUUAUAGGUGUCGCCGCAGCAGUCGCAGUUGCACUAUUGAUUGCCUUGAUAGCUCUAGUACUUUGCUGCAGAAAAAAGAAGGCACCUGCAAAAGGAAUGAGCACCAAAAACUCGUGGAAUCGCAGUGAUGAACCGUUGGCAUCGAUGGGUGCUACAGGGUCGGUCUAAUGAGAUGACGGGGUCGAAAAUAUGGUAGGAGAUUCGGUACUUGAACACAGACUAACACUGGUCCGAGGAGCCAUAUCCCUACUGGUUCGCGGACACAAAUCACCUACCGUACUGCAUCAGAUACAGGAAGUUUUGCUGAUAAUCUACAGUGGUAUCCCAUGUCUUCCCUUGGUAAGGAGAAACUGGCCACUGGAUAAAGCGAUCGUUGCCCCCGGCACAGUGCAGCUGUGGUGAGACAUACGACAGCGGCUUUGGCUAUUAAAGAAAGUAUCCAUGA